AUGGUUAGGGAAUUCCCGUCGUACCAUCCGCGGUCGGAUGUGGUGCCGUCGAGCUUGUUUGGGACGGCGUUGAUGCAUCUGGCUAAUGCUUCUGUGAAGGCUCAAAACGAUCAAGGGUUCGUGGAGGGCGUGGUUCCGAGUGGCUUAUUCAUAUGCCAAAAGACUCAUCAAUCAAGUCACCCUUUCGGCAUUUUCUAUGGUGAUAAUGCCAGCAUGACCUAUUCCUUCCCUUUAAUGUUGUUAGAAAUUAGCUUCGUUGUCAUUGCCACUCGCAUCGUUCGUUUUCUUCUUACGCCUCUCAGGCAACCUAGGAUUGUCUCCGAGAUCAUUGGCGGAAUAAUUGUGGGGCCAAGCGUGCUAGGGCGAAGCAAAAAGUUUACUGCGUUUAUGUUCCCAGAUAAUGCCGACUUCAUGGUGAAGAACAUUGGAGUAAUGGGAUUCAUGUACUUUUUGUUCGUGUCGGGAGUGAAGAUGGACAUGACCCUCAUUACCAAAACGGGAAAGAAACAGGUGUGGAUCGCCUUAGCCUCAGUCGUAUUCCCCAUGGGCUUAAUCAUGGGCGUUGGAUUCCUAUUGCGCCCAUCAAUGGACAAGGACCUCGCCACCAUAUCAUCACUCGGAGCCGUCUCUUCCUCCGUCGCCAUAACAGCUUUCCCUGUUUUAUACCCUCUCCUCAGAGAGCUCAACCUCCUCAGCUCCGACCUUGGUCGAAUGGCCCUUUCAACGUCCGUCAUAAGCGACGCCAUUGGGAUCAAUGCGCUCAUAGCUUUCGAGUCAUCCAAACAAACUGAGGCCCAAAGCAAAAACGCUGGCUGGUACCUGCUCUCCAUGGUAUUCAUUUUGUUAAUGCUUGUUGGCAUCAGGAAAAUCAUGCAGUCGCUCGCUUCCAAGGCCCGAAAUGGAAAACCCGUGGACCAGGCGUAUUUAGUGCUCAUUAUGUGUGCUGCUAUGUCAAUGGGAUUCCUCACUGACAUGUUUGGUUUGGCCAUAGCCAAUGGGCCUAUGUGGCUUGGACUCGUCAUCCCUGAUGGCCCUCCACUCGGAUCCAUGCUUGUAGAGCGUGUAGAGACUAUCGCCUCUGAAAUUCUAAUGCCGUUUUCAUUUGCGUUUAUCGGAAUGUACACUGAUGUGUCAACUAUCUAUGUCGCUUGGCCAACUUUGAAACCUUUGUUGGCCAUGGUUGUUAUCGGUUAUGUUGCCAAAAUUGCGACGACUUGUCUGGCUUGUCUCUAUUUCAAGAUGUCUUGGAAAGAUAGCCUUGCCUUGAGCUUUAUUCUUAGCGUAAGAGGUCAAGUGGAGCUUUUAUUGUUCAUUCACUGGAUGGACAAACAGAUUCUACAGCAAUCCCAUUUCACAUUGAUGGUUCUCUUAACGACCAUGAUAAGUGCCAUAUGCUCACCGUUAAUAAGUGUCCUAUAUGACCCCACAAAACCAUACAUGGUGAACAAGAAAAGAACCAUCCAACACACAGCUCCGGGCACAGACCUCCGGGUUCUUCUUGUCAUUCUCGACCAAGAAAGCGUGGCCGGCCUAGUCAACCUUAUAGAAGCCUCCAACCCAACUUCCGCCACUCCAUUCUCCAUCACCUCCCUAUGCCUCAUCGAGCUCAUGGGCCGAGCUAACCCAAUCUUCAUUGAUCACCAAAAACAAAGCAAUGUACCGUCCCAAUACGGGUCCAGCGUAAUUAUACAUAACGCGCUCGAGUUCUACCAAGAGACCCGAUCCGAAUGCAUCAAGCUAGAGUCCUACACCGUCGUGACCCCAAGACGAACCAUGUACCAAGACAUUUGCGAGCAAGCCCUCCUCCACAAAUCCACUCUCAUCAUCUUACCCUUCAACAGCGACAAUAUGAACGGCUGCGCCGACGAUUCCGAACGGCGAACGGGUGUUCGGUCAGUGAACUCGUUCGUGCUUUCCCAUGCACCAUGCUCCGUCGGAAUCUUUGUCGACAAAGGUGACCUCAGGAACCCGUUGGCGGCGGCAUCGUUCGGCCACUCGCAGCACCAUUUCGCUGUCCUGUUCUUGGGCGGAGCCGAUGCGAGGGAGGCGCUGGCGUACGCGGAUCGAAUGCUGGGGAACCCGGAGGUGACAUUGACGGUGGUGAGGUUUCUGUCAUUUAACGGGGAAGGAGAUAACGAGAUGGAGAAGAAGCUUGAUGAUGGAGUGGUGACGUGGUUUUGGGUGAAGAACGAGGCGAACAACAGGGUAGUGUACAGAGAAGUAGUGGUGAGGAAUGGGGCGGAGACGGUGGCUGCUAUUCAAGCAGUAAACGACGGGUCGUUUGAUCUGUGGAUAGUGGGGAGGCAACAAGGGAUAAAUCCAGUGCUUCUGGCGGGUCUGUCGGAUUGGACUGAGAAUCUGCAUGAGUUAGGAGUAAUUGGGGAUUAUGUAGCAGCCAGCGAUUUUGGAGGCACAGCUUCAGUUUUGGUAAUUCAGCAGCAAAUUCUCAGACAGCAAGGCACUGCACCCACUUCAUGUGGUAACAUUAACAGAUUGGGUGCCUUUUUUGGUAGCCAUUAG